AAAAUUCCAUUGGUCUGUCAGCGCACAGCACUGACGUCUCUUCCACAUGAGCAAUCUUCUGCCAAAAAGAUCCAACCUUAAAAUUUGUUGAGAAAUUUCUCAGAUCAUUACCAACUUCAAAGGUCAAAACCCGAUUGAUUCCAAUUAUUCAAAAACCCUUCAAAUUUUCUCAGGGUUUAAAUAAUUUUGAUUUUUUGAAGCUUUUUUGUAUUAUAAUUGUUGCUGACAAAAUCAAGAAUGUUUACCCGAAUGUUUGGAAAACCUAAACAAGAAACAAAUGCUCUAGCUACGCUAGACAAGUUAAACGAGACUCUUGAGAUGCUUGAGAAAAAGGAGAAGGUUUUACUGAAGAAGGCUGCAGCUGAGGUUGAAAAAGCAAAGGAAUUUACUAGAGCAAAAAACAAAAGGGCUGCAAUACAAUGUUUGAAAAGGAAAAGGCUUUAUGAGCAGCAAAUCGAGCAGCUUGGAAACUUCCAAUUGCGUAUUCAUGAUCAGAUGAUAAUGUUAGAAGGUGCAAAAGCCACAACGGAGACUGUUGAUGCUUUAAGAACUGGAGCAGCUGCAAUGAAAGCUAUGCAAAAGGCAACGAAUAUUGACGAUGUCGACAAAACAAUGGAUGAGAUCAAUGAGCAGACUGAGAAUAUGAAAUUAAUUCAGGAAGCAUUGUCAACACCAAUUGGUUCAGCUGCUGAUUUUGAUGAAGAUGAAUUGGAGGCAGAACUUGAAGAACUGGAGGGGGCUGAGUUGGAGGAACAGCUCCUUCAGCCUGCUACAACUGCUCCUAAUGCGCCAAUUAAUCUACCUGCUGGCAGGCAACAAGUGCGUCCUGCUGCUCAGAAGACGGAAGAAGAUGAGCUUGCCGCUUUGCAGGCUGAAAUGGCUCUUUGAACAGUUCUUGUUGCCUCCCACGAGACAGCGUAAAGGCUUGAUGUAUUCUUAUGGUGGAUGGAUAUACCUUUGGAGCUUUGAAUUCUUAUGGAUGCAUGCAGGAUCAGAAGUUACUGUAUAAAUGACAGCAGAUGAUGAGUUUACAUUCUGUGUGAAGUUGAAGUGGGAAAAAGCAUGCUACUUUCGUGUGAAUUAUCAAAAAGAUGUUCUAAGAUACUUUUAAAUGAAUUUUCAAGAUUUGGUUGUUUACAUUAUUAUGGUCAGAAAACCUUCUAUAUAUACAAGCACUUAAUUCAGGUGAGUGAAAAGUACCAGUGUUAAAAGUUUAA